UUUCCCCGUCACAUCUUCUUUUUUCAUUCACAAUGGGUCCCGCCGUCGGUAUCGAUCUUGGUACCACGUACUCCUGCGUGGGUAUCUUCCGCGAGGAUCGAUGUGAUAUCAUUGCCAACGACCAGGGCAACCGAACCACUCCUUCCUUCGUCGGUUUCACCGACACCGAGCGUCUGAUUGGUGAUGCCGCCAAGAACCAGGUCGCCAUGAACCCCCAGAACACCGUCUUCGACGCCAAGCGAUUGAUCGGCCGCAAGUUUGCCGAUGCUGAGGUCCAGGCCGAUAUGAAGCACUUCCCCUUCAAGAUCAUCGACAAGGGCGGCAAGCCCAUCGUCGAGGUCGAGUUCAAGGGCGAGCAGAAGACCUUCACCCCCGAGGAGAUUUCUUCCAUGAUCCUCACCAAGAUGCGCGAGACCGCCGAGGCCUACCUCGGUGAGACUGUCAACAACGCCGUUGUCACUGUCCCCGCCUACUUCAACGACAGCCAGCGUCAGGCUACCAAGGAUGCUGGUCUCAUUGCCGGCCUCAACGUCCUGCGAAUCAUUAACGAGCCCACCGCUGCCGCCAUCGCCUACGGUCUUGACAAGAAGAUCGAGGGUGAGCGCAACGUCCUGAUCUUCGAUCUUGGUGGUGGUACCUUCGAUGUGUCUCUCCUCACCAUUGAGGAGGGUAUCUUCGAGGUCAAGUCCACCGCUGGUGACACCCACUUGGGUGGUGAGGACUUCGAUAACCGCCUGGUUAACCACUUCGUAAAUGAAUUCAAAAGGAAACACAAGAAGGAUCUUUCCUCCAACGUUCGCGCUCUGCGCCGUCUCCGCACUGCUUGCGAGCGUGCCAAGCGAACCCUCUCUUCCUCCGCACAGACCUCCAUCGAGAUCGACUCUCUCUUCGAGGGUAUCGACUUCUACACCUCCAUCACCCGUGCUCGUUUCGAGGAGCUCUGCCAGGAUCUCUUCCGAUCCACCAUCCAGCCCGUCGACCGUGUCCUUGCUGACGCCAAGAUCGACAAGAGCCUCGUCCACGAGAUCGUCCUCGUCGGUGGAUCUACCCGUAUCCCCCGUGUCCAGAAGCUCAUCACCGACUACUUCAACGGAAAGGAGCCCAACAAGUCCAUCAACCCCGAUGAGGCUGUUGCCUACGGUGCUGCCGUCCAGGCCGCCAUUCUGUCUGGCGACACCACCUCCAAGUCCACCAGCGAGAUCCUGCUUCUCGAUGUUGCCCCUCUCUCUCUCGGUAUCGAGACUGCUGGUGGCAUGAUGACCAAGCUCAUUCCCCGCAACACCACCAUCCCCACCAAGAAGUCCGAGGUCUUCUCCACCUUCUCCGACAACCAGCCCGGUGUCCUUAUCCAGGUCUACGAGGGUGAGCGCCAGCGCACCAAGGACAACAACCUCCUCGGAAAGUUCGAGCUCACCGGCAUUCCCCCUGCCCCCCGUGGUGUUCCCCAGAUUGAGGUCACCUUCGAUCUUGAUGCCAACGGUAUCAUGAACGUCUCCGCCGUUGAGAAGGGCACUGGCAAGUCCAACAAGAUCAUCAUCACCAACGACAAGGGCCGCCUGUCCAAGGAGGAUAUUGAGCGCAUGCUCAGCGAUGCCGAGAAGUACAAGGAGGAGGAUGAGGCCGAGGGCAAGCGUGUCGCUGCCAAGAACGGUCUUGAGUCCUACGCUUACUCUCUCCGCAACACUCUCAGCGACCCCAAGGUCGAGGAGAAGAUCGAGGCCGCCGACAAGGAGACCCUCAAGACCGAGAUCGACAAGGUCGUUGCUUGGCUCGACGAGAGCCAGCAGGCCACUCGCGAGGAGUACGAGGAGCACCAGAAGGAGCUCGAGGGCAUUGCCAACCCCAUCAUGAUGAAGUUCUACGGUGCUGGUGGCGAGGGUGGUCCUGGCAUGCCCGGUGGCAUGCCCGGCGGUCCCGGUGGCCCUGGCGGCUUCCCUGGUGCUGGCGGCCCUGGCGCUGCCCGCCCCGGUGAUGACGGCCCUACCGUCGAGGAGGUCGACUAAAUUCUUUGAUACCCCAACAUCAGUCUCGACUUCCAGAUUGGUCAUGCGUCUACGACACGGAGGCUAGGGGUCUCAAGGGAUGAUGAGAUUAGAUUUUCCUUUUGCUUUUUAACGCAUUUCACGGUCACGAACAGGGAAAAGCUCGGUGGUUUACCUGGGUUUGUACUUUAAUGAAUCAAUGGAUCAAUACACAUGAACCAAACUCUCCACUCGCUUGUAAUGUGAAUGUCAAUGUCAAGGUUUGUGAUGAACGAAUAAGGACAUCUCCCUCUCUGGGAAGGCAUCGUUGUGGUGAUGGUUAGUAAGCUACACUAAGUAGGUUGACGAAAAUUUAGAUCGAUUUCUCAGAUCACACUUCAAAAUACUGUCUUAGUCCCUAAACACUCAACAAUAAAUGGACAUUAGCAUUUUCCUAAAAUGAAGUAAAAUUUAGUAAAGAUU